UAUUCUUUUUGCAAUGGAUUUUUAACAGGAGAGAGCAUUUCAUGUUUUUUGUUGAUCAUUAUUGCAGUAAGAAUCAUUGGGAGUAUGAUUUCCUCUAUCUGCCAAUUGAUUUUGGGACCGAUAACAACAUGGGCUAUGCUUUUGUUAAUUUCACAUCUGGGCAAGCUGCUUCAGAAAUUAGUAAAGUGCUCAAGAACUUCAAGUGGCAUGGUGUCAAGACUCCCACUGGGAUUUGCUCUUCGAGGAAAAUUUGUGCAGUAACUUGGGCUCGGAUUCAGGGGAAGGAACAAUUGGUGAAGCACUUCUCGUGCUCGAAUUUUCUAUGUGGCACGGAUGAAUAUCUUCCGGCUGUUUUCUCUCCUCCGAGGAAUGGUGCAUCUAGCUUGACAGAGCCAAAACCUAUUGGCAAACUGGCUCUAGGUCCUCCGAUUUCUUCGUCCUCUCCUUCGGCCAAUGAUGAUUAGUUAGAAUCUUAGUUGCUAUAUAUGUUUGCUCGAAUCCUCCAAAAAAUCCUAAAGAUCACAGCAUUUUUGGACGAGCCGAACAAACAUAAAUUUAGCAGUGUGACGGGGUAGGUGAAGGUUUUAUGUUUGUACUGAAUGUAUGGCCAGUGUUUUCAUUUUCUCCCCGUAUCUCGAGUUUUCGAUGAUCUGGGGUGAAAUGGAAACACUGGAUCAUCAUGUUAUUGUCUUGGGAAUCUUAAUUAGGUCUUGUCUUAAUGUUGUAUGUUUAAGAAUGCUGUUUCCUAGUUUAGUGACUCGCGUCUCCAAUGUAGUAUGUAGUCAGCUUGUAGUAAUUGUUGAAGGCUGUCUAUCAUGCCUUCGAGUUUGAAUGUAAGUUUUUCUUUUUAUGUAAAAUUAUACAUGUGAGGUAGCCCUAGCAUGUGCGUAAUUUUCAGUUUCAGUUUUUUUUUUUCCUUCUUUCUUUUGAGCUUGACUUUUGUAUAUAAUGAUGCAAAAGAGUAGUCUUAUUAUUACAAGUAACUAAUAAUAAAUGAAAUUAAUAUUCAUACGUAAAACAAAGAUACGUAAGACAGU